CUUAUAAGUGGGCGGUCGCAAGCAACGUCAGCAGUAGGCCUAUAUAAAUUGUUUUUGUCAAGUUUUUUAACUUUGGAAUUCAAUUGAAUUUCUCUUCCACAAGAAGCGGCUUCGUCUACAGACCGAAACCAUGAAUAAAGAAGAGGAAAUGAAAGAAGUAGAACUGAACGAGAUGGAUCAAGAAAAGCAGCCGAUGACUGGGGAAAGUCCGACUGGAACAGAAAAAAACGGCUGCGUGAAGGUAAAAGUGCCGGAGGACACAGAAGUCAAAUUUACGGGCCUCUCCAAAGAAGAGUUGAUGAAAGUCGCGGGUACUGCAGGGUGGGUUCGGACUCGGUGGAUCUUGCUAGUUCUGUUCUGGCUUGGUUGGGCUGGCAUGUUAGCUGGGGCAGUAGUAAUCAUAGUGCAAGCCCCACGGUGUAAACCCAUUCCUGAGAUGAACUGGUGGAAUGAAGGUCCUCUCUAUCAGAUAUCUAAUGUCAAUGAAUUCUCCGAAAAAGGAUUGAAAGGGAUUGAUGAGAAGUUGGACUAUCUGAACCAGUUAAAGGUAAAAGGGCUUAUUUUGGGUCCGAUACACACAGUGCAAGAAGACCACGCAAGCACACUAGAACUAACUUCUAUUAACCCAGAAUUUGGGAGUGAGAGUGAUCUGCAAACUCUGCUGGACCGAGCACACAGAAAAGGAAUGUCCAUAGUGCUCAAUCUAACACCAAAUUAUAAGGGAAUUUCGGCUUGGUUCAACAAUGCUGCCCUUGUUGCCGAGCAACUCAAAAAAGCAUGUACGUACUGGCUUGAUAAGGGAGUGGAUGGCAUCUUCGUAUCUGACCUGAAAGACAUUGCUAAUACAGAGGCCUGGCAAUCCAUUCAAGCUAUAUUCAACCAAACCGAAGGGCCCAAAAAACCAGCUCUGAUGGGCUCGGUCUCUGAUCUCUCUGUGGAUGAAGCCUCGCUCCUUCUGAACCGUACCAGUGUUAAUUUGCUCCUGACCGGAUUGCCUGAUCCACGGAAGUCCGGCAUUAAACAAGCCAAUGAAAUACAGAAACUCUACUCCAAUCACAUCCAGACCAAUCUGGGCUGGAGCCUGAGUGGACAGAGCUGGGGUCCUCUGGCUUCCAGAACACCAUCAGUACCUGUAAGGCUCUAUCACACAUUGCUGUUCACCCUACCGGGCACACCUGUGUUUAGUGCUGGGGAUGAGGUUGGACUUAAAAAAGAUGAACAUUUUGAAGCAUUGUGGAAUUUGGAAAGCCAAGCAGAUGGCGCCAAUGCAACAGAAAAGGAGGAGCACCUUUCAGUGCGUGAUUUCUUUAAAGCACUAAGUGAUCUUAAAGGAAAAGAGCGAGCGCUUCUCCAUGGAGAAUAUGUCAGCAUUUUUAGUUCUCCUUCUUCAUUAGCAUUUCUGAGACUUUGGGACCAAAGCGAACGCUUCAUUGUGGCCAUUAACUGGGGAAAUGAAUCUGUAUCCAUGACAGUCAGCAGUGAUCAUAAUCUACCAGCUGAGGCUCGAGUCCGUGUUACCACAAAUGCAGAAAGUCUACCCAUGGAUAGCAUGGUGAAAAUACAGAAGUUAGAGCUUGUGCCCAAACAGGCUGUUCUGUUGUCUUAUCCUUUUGCGGGCUAGAUACACACAGAGAGGUAGACACAGUACUGUGCAAAAUUCUUAGGCCACCUAUGCCACAGUUAGAUUUGUUGUUUUGCAAUGUUAUAGUGAUCAUAUAUAAUUAUUUCUCAGUCUCUUUAAUAGAAUACAUCCAGAAAGUACAGGAAAUGUGUUUCCAUAUUAAAAACUCAAGUUUUUAGGGUAAACUCCCCUUCCACUUGAGCAUUAGCAUGAAAAUGCAGGAUCUUUUAAACCUAAAUAAAAUUAAAUCCUAAUUUCUUAUUUUAAAGAAAUUAGUCUUUUUUUACUUCAUUCUGCUCAAAAACGCUCAAGAUGUGUUAAGUGCCAAUAGAGGUCACACUAAACACCGACGAUGCCUAAAAAAGACAUUUAGUCCUGAAACGUACAUUUUUAAUUUUUUGUACAUAUUUCCUGUAUUUUCUGUUUGUAUCUUAAUAAAAUAGAUUGAAAAAUAAAUAUGGAUGGACAUUAAAACUUCUAAAACAACAAGUCUGGUGGUGGUGGCCUAAGACUUUUGUCUUUUAUUGUCCAUUAUUGGCUCACAAUAGUCUUACCACUGUUUUAUAUGGAAAGAGUAAACGUAAGUUUUAGCUGUAACAGGAAUACCUUUACUAAUUUAACAAAACAUGAAAGGGUCGGUUUGGAAAAUCUGAUACACCUUUAAAAAUAAGGUGCUUCACAAUGCCAUAGAAGAACCUUUUUGUCUAAAUGGUUCUUUAAAACAACAUUAAAUAACCAUAAACUGAAUGGUUCUGUGUUGUCACUGUGAAGAACCUUUUAAGCAUUUUUAUUUAUAAGAGUGUCAUUGAAGUUGGUUUUGCAUGCAGAGACCUGUUGGACUUAAUAAAUAAAGCAGCUACUGAAAAUA